AUGGCUGCUGCUUCUGCAAUACCCUCGCCGCUACUAGAGCAGCCUCAAACGCAAACUCAAACGCAGACGCAGACGAAGUCAGAUGAUCCAAAGAUUACAAUCCAGCAAAUCCUCGACAUCGUGAACAAUCUCCACACAACAGUCAACAAAUCUCAGGACGCAGACGGUGCUUCUACUAUAAGGACGGCCAGGAGUGCUGGUCUUGAGCUUGCUCACGCGACUCUCACCCCUGUUCUGGACAAACUGUUAAGCCUACAGGUCCCCGACAAGAAGUCAGAAGGGAGAGAGGAUCACCACAUCUCGAUGCUGCAACGUAACCUACGUCUGCUCAAAGAAGACGUGGUCAAGCUCCAAGAUCUCCGCAGCGAAGUCGCUGAAGAAGUGUGGAAACACAUCCGUCCGCUUCAGGGUCUCCUCAGCAAAGUCGUGAAAGGAGAAGAGAAGUCUUCGAAAACUCAGCUGACCAACGGUAUGAAGAAAGACUUGGAGGUGAUCAACAAGAAGAUCUUUAACUUGAUGUGUCAGGUCCCUUUGCUUCCCAACAAGCCCAAGAAACACGGAGUCUCUGAUUACGAUGACGGCGAUAAGAUCAACACCGGUAAAGGGAUCGUCUUCUUGCAUGGCAUCCAUGCAACCGAAGAAGAACUCAAGAAACGCGCGGUGUAUAGAUAUGUACUAAGGGAGCUAGAGAAACUCGGUGGUGAAGAGAAGAUUUAUCUCUUGAGCUUUGCUGUGUUUCCGGAGAAUCAAGAAGUGAACAGAACAAUGCUCAUGUACUGGUGGAUCGGUGAGGGCGUCCUUCCCGUUGAUGGAGCUGAGUCUAAGGUGAAGAGAGUUCUUGAAAGGUUCAUGGAGAAGCAGUUGAUUGAACCGGUCGAAAACAAGCGCAAAGUGGAAGCCAACAGCUAUAAGAUGAACCCUUUCGUGCACUCUUCGCUCGUUCUGAUGGCUAAGGAGAUAGGACUUUUCAAUAUGUAUAAUCAUCCCAAGACGCAACCGAAGAUGAACAAGUCGAAGCUCUACAAGGUCUGCCUUGUGGAAGACUCGUCAAGCCAGCAAGAAGCGAAAGCUAAAAGAAUGCCAGCAGUGGACAUUGAGACGGUGUUCAAUGUCUCCGAGAGGUUCCCUGACUUCGCGUUCAAGUGGUUCUCCGAGGACCAGACAUCAGGGAGGAAAAAUACGUUUGGCAAACCUGUUUAUAAGAUGCUCAAAGUGUUUUACUUAGGAAGAUGGGAGAGAACGGCGAACCGGCACAUCGAGGUAGAGAACCCUGAGCUGAUGAAGUACUUGAAGCAUAUGACUAAACUCAAGCUUCUGAGUUUCCAAGGGAUCUCGAGGAUCGAGAGGCUCGACGAUGCGGUCUGUAAGCUGCGUGAGCUGAUCAUCUUGGACCUCAGAGCGUGCUAUAAUCUUGAGAAGCUUCCGGACAAGAUAGAUUCGUUAAAGGCGCUUAUCUACUUGGAUAUUACAGAUUGUUACAUGAUAGAUAGGAUGCCUAAGAGGUUGUCGUGGCUGGACAGCUUGGAGGUUCUCAAGGGGUUUGUGGUUAGUGAUGCUGAUGAGGAGACGGUGUGCACUCUGGUUGAGUUGAGGCAUUUGAAGAAGCUGAGGAAGCUGACCAUUACAAUAAACAAAGGUGGUUUCACUGUGCUUGACCUGUUCAUGGCUAUUAAGGAUUUUGUAAAGCUGGAGAAGUUGAAAGUGGCGUGGGGAGGUAUAAAUAAACGUCCUGAGAACAAGGACAAGGACAAGAACAAGGACAAGGACAAGGUCUUAGGUGGAGGUAAGAAGAAGGAGCAAAAGGACAAGGCGACUGCUGCUGGGGAUAAUACAAAGAAACAGGAUGGGUUUUUAAAAAGAACGGCGAGCAAGUUUUUCGACAAGGAGAAAGUUGUAGAGAAGCCAGAGCUUCCCAAGACACUGAAGAAACUGGACCUGCAGUGUUUUCCUGAUGCAGUGCUUCCUGAAUGGCUUGAGCCUAGAAGACUAGUUCAUCUGGAGAAGCUUUACAUCAAAGGAGGAACAGAACUUACUGGGUUUGGAGUGUUGCCUGAGAAUCCAACGGGUUGCAAUGUCAGUGUUUUGCGUCUGAAGUUUCUUCCCAAGGUGAAAGUGGAGUGGAGGGACCUGAGCAAAAAGUACUUUCCUAAACUGGAGUUUUUGGAGAAGUAUCAGUGUCCUCAGGUUAGUCUUUGCCCAACCGAUGGAAUCGGAAUCUGGCGCAAGCCUGAAUAAAUAUCUAAGCAACUCUGAACUGAGAGUUGUCUUGCUUUUCUCAAGUUUCCUUUCCUUUUU